AUGGCCCGCAACACGGUUGACAUCAAAGUUCGAGUCAUUGUCCUGGCGCUGAAAGCCCAUGGCAGCUCCCAUACCGAGAUCAUCGAAUACACUGGGCUGAGCAAAAGCACAAUCAAGCGGAUUCUUGCCAGAGCAGUUCGCCAAGGGUUCGAUCCUGAUAAGCGUCCUCUUGAGAUCUCCGACUCUCACCUCGUUGAAGGGACUAGUGCCGACGAGGCGUCUCCCAAGAAGCAGCAGCAUGAUGCUGAGCCUGGGUCUGAAGAUGACACCGCUUAG